AUGUCGUCAUCGACACCGCCACCCACGGUCGACGCGCCCGACGAGCAGCAGAGCGACACUUCCAAGUUGCGAACAUUUCUGGGUAUCUUGAAGAAAUUCAUCGGCGUUUCGGACCUUGCAGCAGUUAGAUUCUCGCUGCCGUCACAGUUGCUCGAGCCUACCCCGAACCUCGAAUACUGGACCUACAUCGAUGCCCCCAAUGCCUUUGUCGCUAUGGGCACCUCCGAUGAUCCACUCGAUCGCAUGCUUGAGGUGGUGCGCUUUUGGUUGACCAAGGAUUUAAAAUACGCCAAGGGAAGGCCAUGCAAGCCUUACAACUCUUGCCUCGGUGAAUUCUUCAGGUGCAACUGGGAAACUGAAGACAACGCCCCGAGAAUCGAUACAACCAACCUCAAGCAGGAGAAGGGCAGUUCCAAGGGUGGCCUUUCAGCAUUGAAGGCAUCAGCUAAGAGCAGCAAGAACACCUCGAACGUCUCGCUUUCUGUGCCUCAACAUGGCGCUACAAAGGACGAAAAGCUCGUCCGUGUUUCGUAUCUUACCGAACAGACAUCGCAUCACCCGCCCGUGAGCGCCUUCAACGUCACCUGUCCGGAAAAGGGCAUCACAGCCCGCGGCUUCGACCAGAUCACUGCCAAAUUUACAGGCACCUCGGUCAAGGUCCUUCCUGGUGAACACAAUAUGGGUAUCUUCAUCACCCUCGACAAGCGAGAUGGCGAGACAUACCAGCUUACCCACCCGGCGGCGCAUUUGGGCGGCCUGCUCCGAGGUGCCUUGAGCGUCUCGGUCAGCGAGUUCGCUUAUAUCACUUGCCCCAAGACCAAGAUCAAGGCCAUUCUGCAUUACGUGGAGGAAGGUUGGCUGGGGCGCACAACCAACAAGAUCGACGGUGUCAUCUUCAAGUAUGACCCCGAAAACGACGAUAAGUCACGAGUACAGGACGUUCCUGAUGAGGAUGUUCUCGCUCGGUUGAGCGGCCCAUGGAAGGAGAGGGUCGUAUUCACUCUCGGCCCUAGACCUGUUAAAUCCGUCCCUGUUGAAGAGCAAUUCGUCAUUAUUGACAUCGCUCCUCUCAACGUCGCACCUAAGAUUCUCCCUCCCAAGGAGAAGCAGCUGCCCAAUGAGUCCCUGACACUUUGGGGUGGUGUCACAGACGCCAUUCACGCCAAACAAUUUAGCAAGGCCACACAGGUGAAGGUCGAGCUAGAGGAAGCUCAGCGCGAGAAGGCUCGUCAACGUGAGGCCAACAAUGAGACAUGGCAGCCUGUGUUCUUUAAGCAUGUCACGGGCAAUGAUGGCAAGCCCGACCUGACCGAUAAAGGUCGCGAGGUCCUUGACCGAGCCCAGAAAGGCGACUGGUCGCUCGAGGGUGUCAUGUAG